UUAUGAACGUUACCCACAACCUACACCUCAAUAUCAUGUAUGUUGCACUCGACGAACGUUUGGAAUCUAAUUCCAAUGUAUUACCAGUGUGAAAAGUUUCGUAAAAAAAACUUCGUGCUUCAUUGCCUUGUGGGUUGAAAAUGAGGCGAAUUCUAAAGCGAAACCAUCAGAAAACUGAAGAUCAACGGAGUAUUGCACGUCCAUCACUAGAGAACAUUUCCCCUCUGAUACUGUGCAUUUUUAAAAAACGGAGUAGGAGGGCUUAUUCUGAUUGAUUCAUUACGUUAUAUCGCGUCUGACCCUUCAAACGUACGACUAUCGCAGUUCCGCCUUGCACGGCUGGACGCGCGAUCAGCAAUUGAAAGUCGAAGAAAGUUUCGAUGGGUUUCUAAGGUUAAUAUAAAUGAUGGAUUCUAAAUUCUUCACGCAGACAAUUACCAUUUUGGAUUGAAGAGAGCAGUGCUGUUGAUGUUACUCGCUUAACGUGAUAGUUUGCGAAAUUAUAGAAAAAGUGAUAACAUACGAAUCAUUUCGAUGGGCGCUAGACGUCGGAAAAAAUGUGUGCUUAAAGUAGAACAGUUGAAAAAUAUUCCCGGUGGUGUUAAUCAUAUUUUUUAACUGUGAAAAAGGUUUUGAAAGUGUGAACUUAGAAUGAAAUACCGGAUUUUAUUGGUAAAUGUGAAUAUCGCUCGCAAUUGAAAAUGUGAUCGUCGCUGGCGCUCUCAUUGCGUGUGUGUAUGUCAUGUCCGGUGAUCGUGUAAACAUCGACAUGAUAUGAAACGCCGACAUGUAGUAGAAAGUUGUCAUGGUGUAGGAUCGUGAAGCUGACUUGAAAAAAUCGAGCUCACGUUGAUGCGUUCUCGCAAGGCUCCGCGUUACCGGUACCCUGAAUAUUUUACUCUCGUAACGCACUAUUCAAUAUUUUACAUAAAAUCAGCUCAUGGGGCAAAAAUUUGUAAAGUGUCUACUAAAUAGUUUUCCCAGCUAUUGAUGGUUAUUCAAUAAUAAUCGCGAGUGUUUUUCGUCGAUUUUGCCGGCCGCGUCAAAUGCAACUUUUUUGGCAUUUCUCAAGUCGAGAUAACGUUCUAUAAAAUGCUAGUGUCGAUCAAUGUCCGCUUAUCUCGCUUUCGUACGACGUGAAAUCCGUUGGCGCUACCAUAUCUACUUAUCUAUGUCUAACUACAGAAUUUGUCUGCUAAAUUAAUUAAAUUCUGUCAUAAAACAUGAUGAAUUUGAUGAAGUUUUGUCGCAUAACGUGACCAAUUCAUGCCUUAAAACAUGAUGAAUUGGAUAAAGUGAUGUCGUGAAACGAAGUCGUAGAACACGAGGGAAGUGCGAUGUAUCUUAGGUGGAGGAGCGCCGCUCUCGUUGUGGUGGGGUCUCCUCGCCCCAUGUAGUCGCUAGCCUUCUUCUCCUAUAAAAUCACUAAAGUCUUCCAGAAUCAUGUGAUUUUUAAGCUAAGGUAACGUAACGAGUCUUCCAUUGAUAAGCCUUCGCGUUCAAUUAUAAGUCGUAUAAUAAGCUCAGUGUCGAUUAGAGUUACGGUGCUACACUUGGAUUAUGCGUAGGUCUGACUUCGUCAUUCAUGCCCUUCGAACUCUGUCUUCCGAUGAGAUUUGUAGUCUUUCUUGAGCGUCUUCCAAUGUACGUGAACGCUUGCAGUAGCUAAUCAUUCUUUAAGUAAAAUAGAUCGUCUUAAUUAAGGUUCGCGUUUGAAUAUCUGCCUUGGACAUCAUGCUCGUCAAGGCUCCUCCCGCCCUCUAAAACCCUCGGUGACCAAUGACGAAUUUCUUCAUUUGUUGGCUCGCAUCGUUAUGAGCCUUGGCCACCUCGUCCGACAGUUCGGUCGUCUUAUCCAUCCCUGUAAUUCAAGUUCGAAAGUUUAGAGCGUCUACGUUGUCGCUAAACAUCUCGUCAUAGUUGUAUUGUUACGAGAGCGUUUUAUCGAGACACGAUCAUGGUCGGAACUCCGAUGAAAAAUUAUGAAUAGACAAAUAUGCUAAAUUUCAAUCCCGCCGUACGGAAACGAUUUUUUCACCCUUAGACAUUUUAAGGGACGUUUAAAUUCCGCUUAUAUUGUAAAGCUAGAAUUAUCCGCUCGGAGUAAUGGUAUAGUUGUAAUGUCACGUCGCGGUGCGGUAGGAAGAUCGAACAGCCCCGGGCUAGCCCGAGACUCGAGCAGCUCGUGGGCUCGAUGUCUCGAAAUUUCGCGUGUACGCGAGGAAAAUCUUUACCAGUCGUCCAUCCGCCAGUCGAGCGUUGAAUUCCGUAAUGUGGACUGCGGUCGCCCAUCUCGCCGAGGACACUCAGUUCUAGGCAUCAGCAGGCCGGACCUGUCUCCUUCCCGUCGCCUGGCUUCAGUGAUCGAGACAGACGAUACCUCCUUUGCCAACUCGUCUUGCUCAAGCUUGAUGCCCGCGCUGCGUUCGUGCGUCACGAUAGCUCAGCGUUCCUCCACUCACCGCUCGUCGCCCACAGCGUCCAUCGCGAGCACUUCUGCCGCGCUAGCGACGGUGGACGAGCAAUGGCCGCGGAUGGUGGCCACGCUAUUAGCGCAGCAGUCUGCUCUGCUACAUAAGCUCGCUGCUGCCUCCGAGUGCCGCGCCAGCUCAGGCAGCGGUGCCGCUCUUGUGCCUCCUGUGAUGCUGCCGCGGCGUAAGUGGCGUAACCGACGGAACCGACAACGCAAGAGAUUACGGCGUCUGUUUUCGGCGACGGGUGCGUUUGUGUGCCCCGCGCCUGCGACGGUGGAAGAUAAAGAUGAUAAAUCUCCUCCUCGUCACGAGCGUUGCGAGAGAGACUCGUCUGUGGGUAGCUCGUCGCACAGCUCCCAGGACGAGCCGCCCGCUUCCAAAAUCCGCCAACACACUCUCAGGUCUUACGUCAGCGUUCACGAGACACACGCGGUGGCAGAGGCCCAGCACGAGAAGAACGCUAAGCUGAAGGAGGCGUUCGGCAUUUCCGAGUAUUUCGUGGAGGGUUCGUCGUUUGACCCGCAGCGGCGGGCGAAGGAAGAAGUCGUGCGUCAGGCCAGGGAGGCUGAGGAGGCGGCCAAGCGUGAGGCUGAGCGAGUGAAGGAGGCGGAGAGGCGUGAGGCGGCCAAGAAAGAGGCUGCUGCAGGAGGCGUCAAGACGUACGCGUGGGUACGGACUCCAUCACCUGAACCCUCCACCGCCACCACGGACUCCAAACUCAAGAAAGACAAAAAGAGAAAGAAGAAGAGGAGUCGAGACAGGUCGUCGAGCUCCGAGCCUCCGAAGAAACACAAAUCCAAGAAGCGGAAGCGGAACAGGAGCGCUUCACCUAAACGCAGCAAACACCCCAAAACAAAAGUGAGCAAGAAAAAGAAGAAGAAGGAAACCAAGACAAAAAAACGUCGCCACUCGUCCUCCUCGUCGUCUGAGUCUGUGGACGACUCUGACGUUCGGGAGAGUCGCAGCGGUCAGCGUGGAGAGCCUCGCAAGCGCUCAGCAUCUCCGUCUCGCGACGCGUCGUCUGGCCGCCGCUCCAGUGGCGUCAAGAAUUAGAGAGCACAGACCAGCACCAUCACCACCAAUACGAACAGCAGCAGCAGCAGCAAAAGACACCA